AUGCCACCCGCCAUCAGUCCUGACGGCAAAGUCGACCGCUACUCCUCCGUCCACUUCUACAAGUGCAACUGCACCGCCUGUCUCAAGUUUGGCCUCUUCCAUAUGCGUCUGCCCAGGGCACCGCAGGAUUUCCUGCUGCUCUCUCCUCUUCAGCCGGAAAAUGACCUGACUGCCUACAAGAUUCUCGAGGAGGGGUCGACCUGGUACUUCUGUCCCACUUGUGGCGUCCGCUGUUUCUCCUUCGGAGGAAAGGGCAGGGUUAAGGAGGUGGAUGUUGAGGAGUGGGCGACCAAGCCAGCUGAUACAACAGACAUGAAGGCUGCUGCUGCCGCCGCCGCCGCCGCCGCAGGAGAUGAAGGCCCAAAGAAGAUCAAGACAAAGGCCUGGACGAUCGACGAGGAUGGCUGGGAUGAAGGGCUAAGAUCUUGCUAUCUCUCUGUCAAUGCGCAGACUCUUGAGCCUGAAGACGGCCUCGACCUCAGAGAGAUCGUUGACAAGAAGUGGCUCGGCUAUCUCGACUACCGCGAGAUGAAGGAGAAACAGCGCUUCGAUCGUCCUCAUGUCGGCGGCUCCUGGUGA